AUGGAUCGCCAUUCCAGCUACAUCUUCAUCUGGCUGCAGCUGGAACUCUGCGCCAUGGCCGUGCUGCUCACCAAAGGGGAAAUCAGAUGCUACUGUGAUGCUGCCCACUGUGUGGCGACUGGCUAUAUGUGUAAGUCGGAGCUGAGUGCCUGCUUCUCUAAGCUUCUUGAUCCUCAGAACACAAACUCCCCGCUCACCCAUGGUUGCCUGGACUCUCUCGCAAGCACAGCAGACAUCUGCCAAGCCAAACAGGCACAAAACCACUCUGGCACCGCCAUACCCACAUUGGAAUGCUGUCAUGAAGAUAUGUGCAAUUACAGAGGGCUGCAUGACGUUCUCUCUUCUCCCAGAGGCGAGGCCUCAGGACAAGGAAACCGGUAUCAGCACGAUGGUAGCAGAAACCUCAUCACCAAAGUGCAGGAGCUGACUUCUUCCAAGGAGUUGUGGUUCCGGGCAGCAGUGAUUGCUGUUCCUAUUGCUGGAGGGCUGAUUUUAGUGUUGCUUAUUAUGUUGGCCUUGAGGAUGCUGCGAAGUGAAAACAAGAGACUGCGGGAUCAGCGGCAACAGAUGCUCUCCCGUUUGCACUACAGCUUUCACGGACACCAUUCUAAAAAGGGGCAGGUUGCAAAGUUGGACUUGGAAUGCAUGGUGCCGGUGAGUGGGCAUGAGAACUGCUGUCUGACCUGUGACAAAAUGAGACAAGCAGACCUCAGCAACGACAAGAUCCUCUCCCUCGUUCACUGGGGCAUGUAUAGUGGGCACGGGAAGCUGGAAUUCGUAUGA